CAACUAGUGAAGAACACUUUUAGCAAGUUUUACAAGAGGCACAGAAUAGCUGCCUGAGCUAAGCUGAAUAAUUGGAGAAACAAACUGUCUGGAUGCCAAGGAAGGAUUUUUCAGUGAAAAUAAAGUAACAUCUGUACAUUCAUAUAAUUUGCUUGGAUAAAGUGAAUCUUCAUACCAUUAACUGACCUAGUGUGUUGCAUACAAACAAAGGGAGCAUGCAUGUUUCUUUUAAAAACCAUAAAAUGGCUAGCUAUCACUUACAUUUCAAACAUCGAUAAACCGGCUCUAUACCUCCCUACCUACUCACACAGUACAUUUUCAAUGGAAUCAGAAAGCGUGUCAUAUUUCACAACUCUAAUUGGCUUUUGUAUUUGUGAUGCCUUGGCAGUAGAGGUCAAAGUUGAACUCACUCUCCUGGACAAGGAGAAGGAAGCGGAACUGAUGUCUCCAAACGGUAAGGCUAGUCCGUUCUCAGAGUGCCGUCCGAACGGUUCUCUAGGUCACUGCUCGGAUGAAGACUCGUCCGCCCUGCGUCUCUCGCACAAACACAGAGACUAUAUCGAGGCCACCGUGUGUCACGUCAAAGACCUGGAGAACGGACAAAUGCGUGAGGUGGACUUGGGGCUGGGCAGAGCUCUGCUCAUUAAAGAACAUGGGGAAUUCUCUGCCAUGGGGCACAAAUGCCCACACUACGGGGCACCACUGGUUAAGGGGGUUUUAUCUAAAGGGCACGUCCGGUGUCCGUGGCAUGGGGCAUGUUUCAACAUUGCAACUGGAGACAUUGAGGACUUCCCAAGUCUGGACAGCCUUCCCACUUUUCAGGUCCGAGUUGAAAAGGAGAAGGUCAUUAUACGGGCGAACAAACAGGAUCUACAAACACAGAGAAGGACGAAGGCCAUGGCUAAGUGUACAGCUGUAAUCAACUCCAGUACAAGCUUUAGCCACGUUCUCAUCAUCGGAUCAGGUCCUGCUGCGUUGGUGUGUGCGGAGACGCUGAGACAGGAAGGGUUCACUGACCGCAUUGUGAUGUGUAGCAUGGACAAACACCCUCCGUAUGACAGGCCUAAACUGAGUAAGUCAUUAGAAAGCACAGCUGAGCAGCUACAACUGCGCUCAACCGAGUUCUUCCAGAACCACGACAUCGAACUGCUGCUGGACAAAGAGGUUGUGUCAGUCGAUGUAAAAACAAAGACUGCAAUGUUUCAGGAUGGCUAUAAGAUGGAGUACAGGAAGCUCUUCAUCGCAACAGGGAGCAGACCCAAGUCAAUCAACUACAAAGGUAAAGAUGUGAGCAACGUGUUUCAUCUCAGAACUCCUGAGGAUGCGAACAGCAUAGCCAGACUGGCCAGUAGCAAGAACGCUGUCAUUGUGGGCACCUCAUUCAUCGGUAUGGAGGUUGCAGCAGCUCUUACAGAUAAAGCUCACUCUGUCUCUGUGAUCGGCAUCGAUGCGGUGCCUUUCCGUAAAGCUCUGGGGGAGAAAGUAGGGAAAGCACUGAUGAAGCUGUUCGAGAUGAACAGGGUGAAGUUCUACAUGCUGAACGAGGUGUCAGAGAUGAAAGGCCAUCAUGGACAGUUAAAAGAAGUAGUGCUGAAAAGUGGCAAGGUCCUAAGAGCAGACGUGUGUGUUAUUGGUACAGGUUCAAGUCCCGCUACUGCAUUUCUCAAACAAAGUGGCUUGCACAUGGACUCCAAGGGAUUCAUAACUGUGAACAAGUUGAUGCAGACGAACGUGGAGGGAGUGUUUGCUGGUGGAGAUGUAGUGACGUUCCCUUUGUCUCUCCGUGGCAAUAAGAAGGUGAACAUCCCUCACUGGCAGAUGGCUCAUGUCCAUGGAAGGGUUGCUGCACUGGGCAUGAUGGGAAAAGUCUCAGAUAUUCGAACGGUGCCUUACUUCUGGACUGCGAUGUUUGGAAAAAGCAUACGCUAUGCAGGUUACGGGGACGGUUUCGAUGAUGUCAUCAUUCAGGGAGACUUGGACGAACUGAAAUUUGUGGCGUUCUACACAAAGAGUGAGGAGGUGAUCGCCGUGGCCAGUAUGAACUAUGACCCCAUUGUGUCUCGGGUCGCGGAGGUCUUCGGGUCUGGAAAGACGAUUAAAAAACGUGAUGUGGAGAUGGUCACCCAUGGCAAGACAGGAGAUAUCUCGUGGCUGAUAGAUAAAGGUUUGCAGUGAGAAUCCACCAGACUUCAUUGUGAAGCCGUUUAAUGGCAUUGCUGCUGAUUUGGGACCCUGCAUGCGGGAUGAGUUACUGAAAAAUGCCAAAACCUGGGCUCACAUAUGGCAUGAAGCUGUUUCCUACAAAAACCAAGAACUCCCUCACAGAGCUGUGAAUACACCUCCUCUCAACACUAACCUUAAAAUAACCGGGAGCUGCUUUGUAAAGAGAGUGCGGUCGGAUGCAGAUGUGACGCCGAGCUUGGCCUUUUCUGCUUGCGCACGAAGCGACUACCUGUACAUAGUUUAUAUAGAAGGAAGUAAAAAAAUUGGGAACGAUCGAGUUUUUAGUUUUUUGUAAAUGCAACACUGUAAAUACUUCUUACCUGGAAAUGCAUUGUAACACCACGUAAUGGAUUUCUUUCUACUGCAUCUUUGCAAGUUUGUAAUGCUAGCGAUUAGCUAUUCCAUUAACGAUCGCAUUGAUGGCCUUUGUACAGCUUUCGCAUUUGUAACGCCACUUUGGUACAACGUUUGCUAUGACAUCGCCUUUGAGAAAUCACACAUUUAUUUAGAAACAUAGGCUAAUCUAUUAUGAUCGUUAGCACAUAUACGUCUUGCUAGAAGUGUGACCGAGGCCAGGUUUCAGGCUGUUUUAGUCGACAUUUUAACAUCCCACAUGCCUUUAAUGUAUGCGAAUGAAGAAGAUUAAAACCUGGCCAGCAGAAUACAAAAAAUAUAUAUAAAAAAAUAAAAUAAAAUCAGUACCCUGAGCCCUUUUAAUGGAAAAAAGCAUGUUCCCUUGUCAUCAGUCCCUUAAUGCUGACUAACAGCUUAAUAUAUUGUACCUCUAAUGGUAACUUUGGUUGCCUUGCUGGUUAAUUGCACAAAGAAAGAAAUAAGUACAUAUUUAAAGCUAUACCUCAAAAAAAUAAUAUAUAUACAAAAAAAUAAUGCUAGUGAUAUAAAACUACAAGCUUGUAUUUGCUCUUUUAUCUUUUAUUGAUUGACGGAUCGAUCGAUGAUUGACUGAUGAAAUGAUUCUAUUUUUAGAUAGUAUGCAAUAAUUCUGAAUGCUGAACUGGUAGAGUUUGACCUCCUCAAACUCCUUUUUGUUACUAACUCAGGGAAAGGAGGCUCAUAGGACAGGGGUUUGUGCUGUUGAAACCCAGAAAUAAUAAAUUUGUUGCUUUUAAAUA